AUGAUGUCGAUCAUUCAUACAAUGUAAGUUAAGAUUUAACAUACAGAUAAAUAUUUACUAAUUAUUUAUAUGGCGAUUAUAGUGCAUCUUCUGGAACUGGUAAAAAUGGUGUUAUGGACUUAUGCUAUACUAUGCAAUACGUUUGAAAAAUGCGAAAAUACAACAAAGAGAUUAGAAAUUACAGAAUAUCUUGUUACACUCUUUGUCAAAGUAAUUGAAUUAACACCAGAUGGGUUAUUAGAGCUUUUGUAUAUGUGUAUCAAUAAAUUGGGUCCUGAUUAUGAAGGGCUUGAACUUGGUAUUGGUGAAUCUCUAUUAAUGAAGGCAGUUGCCCAGUCCACAGGAAGAGAUAUGAAACAGCUUAAAUCAGAUUACGUUAAAUGUGGUGAUCUUGGCACAGUUGCUAAGAAUAGUAAAGGAUCUCAAAAGACACUUUUCAAACCAAAAGCGUUGACUGUUCCUCAUGUUUUUCGAACAUUGAAAGAAAUUGCUAUAAUUACUGGAAAUUCGGCACAAUCCAAAAAAAUUGAUAAAAUCAAAGGAUUAUUAGUAGCUUGUCAAGAUGAAGAAGCUAAAUUUAUUAUUCGACAUCUUGAGGGUAAACUUCGAAUUGGGUUAGCAGAACAAACUGUUUUAUCUGCUUUAGCACAAGCUGUUGUUUUCAGUAAUAAAGACAACAGCAAAUUAUCUACUUUAAAAAAGGAAGAAUUAUUAGCAUCAGCUGUAGAAACAGUAAAAUAUGUUUACAAUCAAUUGCCUACAUAUGAUGUGAUCAUUCCUGCCUUACUAAAAUAUCCUAUCGAAGAAUUACUUGAACAUUGUACUAUGCAUCCUGGUGUACCUUUGAAACCUAUGUUAGCGCAUCCUACAAAGAGUUUAACAGAAGUAUUGGAUAGAUUUGAAAAUAACACAUUUACUUGUGAAUUUAAAUAUGAUGGAGAACGAGCACAGAUUCAUAGACAUGAAGAUGGUACAAUUAGUGUUUAUAGUCGUAACUCUGAAAAUAUGUCUGUUAGAUAUCCAGAUAUUUUGAAUGCCGUAGAUAAGUGGGUUAAGCCUUCAACCACAUCUUUUAUUUUGGACUGUGAAGCAGUAGCCUGGGAUAAGGAAGAAGGUAAAAUUUUACCAUUUCAAGUAUUGAGUACACGAAAACGUAAAGACGUAAAAGAAGAAGAAAUUACAGUUCGUGUUGCUUUAUUUGCAUUUGACUGUCUAUAUUUAAAUGGAAAGUCUUUGAUUCGAGAGCCUUUACAAAAGCGAAGAGAAAAAUUAUAUGAAUCAUUUCAAGAAACUGAAAAUGAAUUUUAUUUUGCAAAGCAUAUGGAUUCGAAUAAUAUUGAAGAUAUUCAAACAUUCUUAGAUGUAUCAAUUGCAAAUUAUUGUGAAGGAUUGAUGGUUAAAUCCUUCGAUGGUUCAGAAGCUACCUACGAGCCUUCAAAACGUUCACGUAAUUGGCUUAAAGUCAAGAAAGAUUAUUUAACUGGUAUUGGCGAUUCUAUGGAUUUGGUUGUGAUUGGUGCCUUUUAUGGACGUGGUAAACGAACUUCAGUCUAUGGCGCAUUCUUACUUGCCUGUUAUGAUCCUGAGACAGAGGAAUACCAAACAAUUUGUAAAUUAGGUACAGGAUUUUCAGACGAAAAUCUACAAAUGUUCUAUGAUACCUUAAAGGAUCAUGUCAUUGAAAAACCUAAAAGAUUUUAUUGUUUGGGUGAAAAUGCGGUGAAGCCAGAUAUAUGGUUUGAACCUGUCCAAGUGUGGGAAGUAAAGUGUGCUGAUUUAAGUGUAAGUCCUCGAUAUAUGGCAGGUGUAGGUCGUGUUGAUCCUAGUAAAGGUAUUUCGUUACGUUUCCCUCGAUUUAUUCGUGUUCGUGAAGACAAGGAUCCUGAAUCGGCUACUACAAGCGAGCAGGUUUCUGAAUUUUAUUUUAAUCAAGCUAACCUUCAAGGGAAUAACCAUCAAAAUGGAAAAAAUAUGGAUUAUUAUUAAAAUCUCUCUCUCUCUCUUUUUUUUUCAUUAUUAUUAUUAUUAUUAAACUUUACUUUUAUUCAUAAA